AUGUCGGUUGGAGCCGGCAAGGACUCUUUUACUUUUGCUUUGACUUCUAGCUUUGAGCCUGAGCCCGAGCCUUUGGUAAUCACAGUGGGAAUUAUAACUACCACAGUCUAUUUCUUGCCUGUAGCUGGCUCCGCUCUGGGACAAGCCACACCCGAUAUUUACUAUUCAUUGGGGACGACAGUUUAUAUAUCUGGAGGUCUGACUCAGACAUUUUCGGAGGAUCAAUUCACCAAUCUCAGAACGCUUACUGCACCAACAACAAUCACAACAUCGAUCGUCGAAAAAUCCACAGGCUCAUCAACUACCUCUUCCACCACCACCGUAAUCCCUAUAUGGGUUCAAGCUGGAGGCUUUUAUUGGUCUCCAGUCCCACUACCCACGCCUGGGCCCCUCAAAAUCCCAUCCCUUCCAGAGUUUCCUCCUAUCCCCAACCCACCUUGCUUCAGGUUUCUUGAUAUCUUCUCAAUUGAUUGUCCUCCUGAUAAGACAAAACCGACUAGUACAUUCAAAAGUGGUGAUUCCGCGGAGCCUACUUUCACUGCAAGUUGUGGAAGCCCUUGCACCGCAAAUUGUGAUACAACGGGUACCGCCACCUCCACUGAAUGCUCAAAAGCCAUAGCAACAAACUAUUGGGUCUCUUGUGCCUCCAACAGUUGUGUCACCACGAGCUCUAGUACAGUUACAGGGUGUGCAGUUGAGCCUAGUAUCACGACUACCACAGGAACCGAUUACCGUCCACUUGCUACGCUGCUAACUGGUGAUGAUGAAGGUUCUGAUAAGGAUAUUUCAAUCACUCCAAUUUGGACUGUUGUACAGACUACGAUUUCGAAGCGUGUGUACCUGUCCGGCUCCACGUAUACUGUUAAGUCAGGAUCAAUCACUGUAAAUGGACUCGGAUAUAGUGUUCCAGCAGUGUCAGCUUCAUCCGUCCUGGUGAUUGGAGGAUCUACAGCUACUGUCUAUCCGCCAGUUGUAGCAUCCAUUGGCUCUAUCACUGCCACUGGCUAUGGAACAAAUCCAUUAACACCUUCGAGCACGACUACUCCUGUGCAAAGUACUACUACUUGCUCUUUACCGAUUCCAACGCUUGCUGAUCCCAAAAAUGGGCAAGUAUACUGCUUCAGCGAGCACAAUGAUGGUACUUACGUGCCAUUUAACAUCACUGGCGAGCAAGCAGUCCUAAAUUCCAUUUGUAAUGAGGGAAAAACUCUUUAA